AUGGGACAUGGAAUAACAACAUCGUGCACUCCUUGUAGCAAUGAAGAUUCAAAUUUUGAUAAUUAUGACAGUUCUAAUGAUGAUUCAAGUAUUAAAAUUACUUCAAUCGUUAAUGAAUGUGAAAAUGUAUUAGUACGUAUAUUAACAUAUCUUCAAUUGAAAUUCGAAGAAGACAAUGAUAAUGAUAUAACUUUCAAAUGCUUCGAUCCAUCUCUAUCGCUAUUACCUUUAAGCUCAUCAAAUGUUGACGAAUUGAAUGAUUCUCAUUAG